AUCAUUAGCUCGAUAUCAUUAAAUCAUUAGGCAUAGAAAAAUCAUUUGAUUCCUUCUUAAUCCUUAGCUGUAUUAAAUCAAGUGCGGAUAUAAAAGUGUGAAUCAGUGCAAUGAUUAUUUGGUAUAAUACGAUAUAAAAGAGUUUCAAAUUGAACAAAACUUGUCAGUUAUCAAUUGUCUUGAUAAAGAUUGGUUUUGAAUAAACUGUGAAAACUCGUUUUUGAUUUAGAUUGACAUUAACGAGACUGAACUUAUCAACGUUCAAAAUAAUCCAUUCGUAACUGUUAUUUUUUGAAUAAGUUCUGGAAUGUCUAAAUCUCACCGCAGCUCGAGUUUUGCUUCAAUUGAAUCAGCGAUUAAAAAUGUGGCCAGAUUUCGAUGGUUGAUAUUCAUUCUUGGAAACAUCGCUAAUUUUGCUAACUCUUUGAUUGGGACAAGCUUAAGUUUAACAAUCGUUGCUAUGAUUGAGAAAGAUCCAACCAACUCAACACAACUCUUUGACGCAAAUGGUACAUCUACAGUCAAAAUUGCUCCAAUAUCAACGGGUAAAAUUCAUGUUGACUGGACAAGUGUGGAUAAAGAUCGUAUGCUACAAGCAGGGUUCUGGGGAAUUCUGGCAAUAUCACUGUUUAGUGGUCGCAUUUGUGAACUAUUUGGUCCAAGGAGAGUUGUAUCCUUAGCUUUAGCAUUCGUAGGAUUGACCAACAUGCUAUUUCCCUUGAUAGCAAAGCACAGUUUUUUUGGAGCUUACCUGAUUAAAAUUGUCCAAGGAAUGUGUGCUGGUCUAGUGUCACCUUCACUCUUUGUGAUGAUCUCUCGAUGGUCCACUUCAAGUGAAAGGACUUUGUCAAACUCGGUGGUAAUAGCUGGUGCUACGAUUGGUAACCUUGUUUGCCUCCCGCUUGCCGGUGUUUUGGUUAGUUCCAGUUUCCUUGGUGGUUGGCCAUCAGUGUUUUACCUCUUUGGGGGAUUUAAUUUAAUCUUUGCUGUCGUUUGGUAUAUCAUUGUUUACGACACUCCCGAGGAGCAUCCAUAUUUAAGUCCUGAAGAACUCGAAGUAAUACUUGCCAAUCGUACACUCAAAUCAGGAAAUACAAUUGAAGUGCCUUGGCGAAAAAUGUUGACAUCAUUACCGGUAUUUGCACAUCUGACUCAUAGUUUUACUUAUGGUUGGGUAAUUGCUACUGUCUCCUCUCAGAUUCCUUCAUUUUAUGAAGAGGUUCUUGGGUUUUCACACACAGCGAAUGGAUUUAUAUCGAGUCUUCCCUGGUUGCUAUCAACGCUAUGUUCAAUAACUGCAAGUACAAUUGCUGAUAAAUUGCGUCGAACUAAUCGCUUCUCUACUGUAGCAAUACGGAAGGUUCUUACCGUACUUGGUUUAGGUACAGUAUCUGGUGGAUUGGUUGCAAUAACUCUCCUUGGUAAAAGACGAAUGGCUGUUGUACUAACCUUGUCAAUUACCAAAGGAUUGGGAGGUUUAAUCAUUGCUGGUGUUGGUGCGAAUCAUCUCGACAUAGCUCCGUCAUUUGCUGGAACUUUGGGUGGAUUUGCAUCAGUGUUGAGCAGUGUGGCAUCAUUGGCUGCCAAUGAAGGUGUAGCUCAGAUCGUUGGGAAUGAAACAACAGCUCAAAAUUGGUACUAUUUCUUUUAUCUAAGCGCCGUGAUAAACAUUGCUGGAGCAAUCGUGUUUGUCCUCUUUGGUUCAGGAGAAACACAAAGUUGGGAUCCUUCAUCAGCUCCUAAGCAAAGUGAUAAAUCAAAUGAUUCAAGCUUAAAGUCACAAAAAAUCACUAAUGAAAAUAAUCAAAUGGUCAUAUAAUCUCUUGAAAACAAUAAUCCGAAUAAAGAUCAUAUUGAAUUUCAUUAUAAUAAAUGACAUAAGAUACUAUAAGAUACCAUGAAAUAGACAUUAGAUAUAAUAACAUUGAGAUUCAUUGUUUCAUCCAUUUUAUUCACUGAUAUUGAUGUAAACAAACUAUUAUAAUUAUGAAGAGAUGCUAUGAAGAUAAAGUCACCUAUUCGUUCCUUCCUUCUGAUUUGGUUUCCUUCAGUUCCUUGAAUCAGAUCCAUUAAUUUCCAUUAUUUAUAAUAUUCAGGAUCUUUGUCAUUCGUCUCAUCUUUCAUUAUAAAAUCACUUUCAGAUUAAAAUAUCAAAUUGUUUCGAUUGACUUUGU